AUGGUUGCUCUUCUCGCCUCCUCUGCCCGCGCCGCUCUGCGCUCGGGUGCUUCGGCUUCUUUCAAGACCGGAGCUGCAGGCUUGACCAUUGCCCGCGGCAAGGCCACUUUGCCCGAUCUUUCUUUCGAUUAUGGCGCCCUUGAGCCCUCCAUCUCCGGCAAGAUCAUGGAGAUCCACCACAAGAACCACCACAACACCUAUGUCACCAACUACAACAACGCCAUUGAGCAGCUGCAGGAGGCCCAGGCCAAGAAUGACAUCUCUGCACAGAUUGCGCUGAAGCCCGCGAUCAACUUCAACGGUGGUGGUCACCUCAACCACUCUCUCUUCUGGGAGAACCUGGCCCCCAAGAGCGCCGGUGGUGGUGAGCCUCCCUCUGGCUCCCUUGCUCAGGCCAUUGAUGGAACCUACGGUAGCCUUGAUGAGUUCAAGAACAAGUUCAACACUGCCCUUGCCGGCAUCCAGGGCAGUGGCUGGGCCUGGCUCGUCAAGGACAAGCAGACUGGCCAGAUCGGCAUCCGCACGUACGCCAACCAAGACCCUGUUGUUGGCCAGUACCAGCCCCUCCUUGGUGUUGAUGCCUGGGAGCAUGCUUACUACCUCCAAUACCAGAACCGCAAGGCCGAGUACUUCAAGGCCAUCUGGGAGGUCAUCAACUGGAAGGCUGUUGAGAAGCGCUUCUAA